AUGCACUCCUCUCUAAACCGAGCGCAGGCCGUCUUCGGCUUUUUCACCACCGUCGCUCUGUUUGUGGCCGGCGCUGCUGCCCUGUCGGUCUUGUUGUAUCCUGCCCAUGAUGCCAGGGCGGAGGUGGCUUUGAAGGAUGUCAAAGUAGUCAAAGGACGACCGCAUUACUAUUCUACCAAGAAAGAGGAAUACUCUCAGAUGCGAUUCGACCUGGACGCUGACCUCUCCUCCCUCUUCAACUGGAACACAAAACAACUCUUCGUCUACGUCUACGCCUCCUACUCAUCCUCCGAUACCCCUUCCACGAGCCGUCUCCUUCCCUCCGAGUCUAUAAUCUGGGACACCAUCAUCCAGGCUCCGGAAUCACCAUACUCGCUUUCCGCCCUGCAGGCCCGAUUUUUUCCGUCGUCGUCGUCCUCCCCUGCGAACCGCGGCCGGGCGCAGAAACGCUCCACCUCGACCUCCAAGAAGGCCAAAGAGGCCGCUGCGACGCCCGGAGUGCUGCAUCUGCGUGGCCAGCGCGCCAAGUACCAGAUUGGAGAUAUUACGGGGAGGAUGGCGGAGAGAGAGAAUGUGACUCUGGCGGUGGGGUGGAAUGUGCAGCCCUGGGUGGGAGCGCUGUGGUGGAGUCCUGCAUCGGGUGCGAUACCACACACGGCGGGGAACGCCGGACGGAGUAAGUCUUUCGAUUUUCCUGCGUUGAAGGGGAGUAAAGUAAAUGCCGAGAAAGAGAAGGCGCAGGGUUAG